AACGCCUUUCAACCCUUGAAAAUGAUUUUGAAAAGUUGGAAAAAGAUAAUGAAAGGUUAAAACAAGAAAACAAAUUUUAUGGCAAAAGAAGCGCUGACAAACCAGAAAGUUCGACAAGUGAAUGUGAAUCUUGCAAAACCGGAGCCUAAAUACCCACAAAACACUUUACUGGCGACACACGCUCCCCUUCGGCGAUCUUCCUUUCCCGGCCAAUAUGGCCGGCCACAGGCCACCGGAUCCUCCCCUUCAACCUCCUGACGUUUCGGCGGUUAGUUUGAUACCAAAUACGACCAUCACAGCUGCCGGGAACCUCCAGAUCGCAGCCACACAGGUUGCCGCUGCCACACCAUUUUUUCCGGUGACUACAGGCCAUGGUGGUCCUUCUCACACAUCUCAGGUCCUUCCCCAUACCCAGGCGAUUCCAACGCACCCUUUUGCAGUCACAUCAGCCACUGGAAUUGGGUUAUCGCAUGCAACUUCAGCAUCGGGUCUCCAUGCCGGGUCCUCUCCUGUUAUGGUGUCUCAGAGUAUAUGCAGCGUCGUGGACCACUCCCAUAGUGUUCCACACGUCAUGACGCAUCCCCAGCGCCCCUCCAUGGCUGCCUUAAGCUCUGACAUCAACCCCCCAUUUUUGGGGUCGUCUUCUACAGCGGCUAUGGCUGCCCAGGUCACACCCCUUUCUUCUUCAUUUGUGGCUUUAGUUCCUCAUGAUUUAGGGGCUCACGUAAGCUUUCCCACCUCUGCAAUACCUCCAUUGGACGUUGGUUUUAAUGCAAAUGCCUCCACUGCCUUGCUUUCUUCUUGCCCGCCAACUGUUCGACCAAUUGCCUCAAUGGGUUCUUCACUUGUGAAGACGGACUUUAUGCAGGUUAAGAUUCCCGUUCAUGCAUUUACUCAGUUUAACAUGAAUAAUGUACCUGGGCUGGAGUUAAAAGGGACAGUGGAUGACUCCCAUGUGUUGGUACAUGUUCCUUUUUCGUCCUUUGCUCUUUUCCAGCGUCAAGAAGUACCUGGGGCUGUCCCCAUUGCCCUCACAAGGUCAAAUGGAUAUGUUUAUGGUGAGGAACAACCUUCAGUAGCUGAUUUCCAGGUUCCCCACACGUCCUCAGGCUAUACAGGUCAUUAUCCCUUUCUUUUUAAGCCCCUUAAUUUGGAGUUACCACAUGAGAGGAAAGCACGGUUAGCUCAGUCUUUGGUUGGUACCUCUUUGGAUGGUGCAGCCCAAAGCCUUUCUAAUGUACAUAGUGGGGAAAUUGGUACGGACACAUCUCAUGCACAUGUAGGGAAAGCUGCACAACAGGCUGUUCAAGUUGGUACCUCUCCUAUUAAUGAGGUUUCUGUCCAAGUUCCAAAAGAGAAUCCCAGCAUUUUAGGCCCUGGUCCCUUGCAUGAAGGCAUGACAGUAGCUCCUGCGCCAACUUCCACUCCCAACAUCAUGCACGGGGCCUCUUCUCAUGUACGGCCAGGGGGAGAAAAAGGAGUCACUUUUGCUCCUCAUAAUGCUUCAACAAUGGAAAGACAAAGUGCCCCCACACCGAAAAUGGCUGCCAUCAUUUCUAAGAAUGUCACGGCAGUGACAGCUCCAUGGCAGGGAGGUCCACAAGGCAUGCCAAAGCCUUCUUUUGCACAGGCAGUAGCUGGUCCCUCCACACCUGGCCCCUCAAAAUCUUUCGCACAAGCAGUUUCUGGUUCAUCCAAUCCAGGUAUCUCUUUACGGGCCAUUGCUUCCCGCCCGUCUGCUAUAUUACCUAAUGUUGUUGUUGAGGACAAAACCCCCACUUUUCAUAGGGGUACUCCCGGAGUUGUCUUUAAGAGGUCUGAAAUGCAAAAACUUUCUCAAUUGGAUAAUUUUCUUCUUAUUGGUAAAUUUUCACAUGGUCGUCCUGAGAUUGCCACAUUGAGGAAGUUUUUUGCUGAAAAAUUUCUUCUCCGGGAGUCGGUUCAGAUUAGUCUUCGCGACCCACGUCAUGUUAUGAUUUUAUUCACCCAUCCUCUAGAUUGUAAUGAUAUAUUCAUGCAAGGGCAGAUUCAGUUUAACGGACAAUUUCCCAUGAGACUGUUUCGGUGGUCCCCGGAAUUUAAUGUUAAAACUGAAUCCUCCGUUGCGCCAGUAUGGGUGACUUUUCCUAAUUUGAGGGCUGAUUUAUUCAAUGAGAGUGCUAUCCACCAGCUUUGUAAGCCCAUUCGGAGGUGUUUGAAAGUAGAUGUUGCUACGUCCACCUUUUCACGUCCCAAUGUGGCUAAGGCUAGGGUGGAGAUUUAUCUAUUGAAGCCUAGGAUAGAACAGAUUUGGAUUGGUUUUUCUGAUGAGCCUGGCGAGGAGGAUGUGGGCAUGUUCCAUUCUGUGGAAUAUGAGCGCAUCCCAAAGUAUUGCACGGCGUGUUACAAGCAGGGUCACGACAAUUCUUCGUGCAAUACUUUGACUCCUACUCAGCCUGAUCAGCGAGCAGUUGUUGUGGUUCCCCAACCUUCCACGACUGCGCCUACGAAUACCCAACCUCCUCGACGGAGGCGAAGUAGGAGUAGGGUCAGGCGUCAAAGGGAGGGGAAAGGUAUUGCCAUUCUUGAUGCAGGUACAAGCGCAGGUGGCUCCCAACGAGAGGAGUCACAGUAUGUUUGGCGAGAGAAGACAGCGAAAGGGUCCAGACCUAUUGAGGUCGUGGACACUGAUGAGGUAGGUAAGGGGGAGGGACCCUCAUUGCAAGCCUUUGUGCCCACUUCUUCCCAUCCCUCCCCGAAUGUUGUCAUACCUGAUGCUUGCUUAGUUCCUUCUACUGUUGUUAACGCCACUCCUCCCACAUCGGUUGUGGUUGAACAGUCGGCGUCUCAGGCUUUAGAGCCAUCUGUUCCUCCUACCGGAGUUGAGCAAGGUCCCGUUGUUGCUUCUCUUCCUCUCUCUACUUCUUCUUCUUCUUUUAUUGUACAUGUUCCCGAUCCUCAACCCCCCGAGCUGGCUCUGGCUAUGUCUAAUACUUUUGAUGCUUUGGGGGUGAUGCCUGGGACAGUCAUGAGGUCUGCGACUUUAAUACUGCUGCAUCCUCCAUUCCUUCCGAUUCGGGACAGGGAGCCAUUGUGGGAAUAUCUUCGAGAGACACACGCCGCUCUCCCGGCUGACAUGGCAUGGGGGGUGGUGGGUGAUUUCAACUGUCUGCUCGAUCCCUCGGAGAAGAAAGGAGGUCGGCCGUAUGCUCCAGUCAAAUAUCAGCCUUUUGUUGAAUGUGUGGAGGAUUGUGAACUGGUUGAUUCUCCUUUUAUUGGGGAGGAUUAUACCUGGUUCAACAACCGAGUGGGCGGCGUGGAGGUUCGGAGCCGGAUUGACCGAUUGCUAUUUAACCAGCCGUGGAUGGAUAUGUUCUCUUGUUUGGUGCAUCACUUGGAUAGAGUUGGAUCUGAUCAUGCUCCUCUGUUGGUGGAGUGUAAGUCUCAUGAACGUCCUCCUGCACGGCCUUUCACUUUCCUUAAUGUCUGGACAGAGCACGAGGAUUUUCAGAGAGUGGUGGCUGAUUCUUGGCGUGAGGACAUUACUGGCAGUCCCAUGUUCGUAUUUGGUGCAAAGCUCAAGCGUCUGGAACAUAGCUUGAAGAGAUGGAACCGAGACACCUUCGGUCACAUCUUUGAUAGGCUUAAGGUGCUUGAGCAGGAUGUUUGGGAUAUUGAGCUACAGCUGCAGACAGAUUCAUCAGAUGAGACCUAUAUCUAGUUCAAGCGGCGCUCUGCACUUUUGAAGCGCCAGUAUCGUAUCGAGGAUGAGUUUUGGCGGCAGAAAGCCCAUGCGAAAUGGGUGACGGACGGGGAGAGGAAUUCGUGUUGGAGUAGUGCCCUGAUGGCCAACUGUUUAUCGUUAUUCUAUCAUGUUAUAGGCAGAUAUAAUAUGUUUACACAUCUCAUGCUAAUGUAAACAAAUGUUAUAUUCCUAG